AUGCCGGGAAUCCCAAGGGACAUCGCCAUACACAAGCUGAAUGUGGAUCCUCUUUACCCGCCAAUAUGGAAAAUGAGAAGAAAUUUCAAUGCUGCAAUCAACGAGGUAGUCAGCGAAGAAGUUGAUAAGUUGCUCGCUAAUGGUUCCAUUCGAGAAUCAAAGUAUCCUCAGUGGGUCGCCAAUGUGGUCAUGGUAAAAAAGAAGAAUGGGAAGUGGAGGAUGUGUGUCGACUUCACCGACCUGAACAAAGCAUGCCCAAAAGAUUCCUUUCCAUUACCAUAUAUCGAUCAGCUCAUCGAUGCAACGGCGGGGCACGAACUAUUAAGCUUCUUAGACGCCUUUUCUGGUUACAACCAAAUUCUAAUGGCAAAAGAAGACCAAGAACAUACCACUUUCAUCACUCACCAAGGAACAUACUGCUACAGAGUCAUGCUGUUCAGACUCAAGAACGCAAGGGCGACGUAUCAAAGGUUAGUAAGCAAGAUAUUCGAAGAACAACUCGGAAAGACUAUGGAGGUCUACAUUGACGACAUGCUAGUGAAGUCGAAAAGGAAGGAGGAUCACAUUGGUCAUCUGAAGGAAGUCUUCGAAAUAUGGAGGCGAUACGAAAUAAAAUAG